AUGCAUAGAGAUUUAAAACCUGCGAAUAUAUUAGUAAAUUUGGAACAUUAAAUUUUAAAAAUAGCAGAUUUUGGUCUUGCAAAAUUAUUCAACAUUCCAAUCUAAGAGCUUUCUUUAGAGAUAGAAACCUUAUGGUAUAGAGCUCCUGAAGUAUUGCUUGGAGAUGUUACAUAUUCUUUACCAGUUGAUAUGUGGUCUUGCGGAUGUAUUUUUGCAGAGAUGAUACUUGGAGAACCUCUUUUUAAAGGAGAUAGCGAGAUUGGAUAGAUUUUAGAAAUUUUCAAGUUUUUUGGAACUCCAGUUAAUAGUUAAUCUAUAAGAGGUUGUAUUGAUUUGAAGUUUUGGUCAAAUAAAUUUCCUCGUUUUAAAAGUAACAAAGGAAUUGUUAUUUAAAGUUUAAUUUAAUUGACAUUUAAGCUACUGACCUCUUUAAUAGGAUGA